AUGAGGGCAGCUAUCAUUCUCACUUUGUUUGUCACAUUCUGCUACUCCAAGCCCUUCCACCAAAGAGGUAUAUUUGAUUUUAUGCUUGAAGAUGAUGGAUCUGGUAUAGAUGUCAAAGAAGAUGUAGAGCCAGUUGGACCUGUGUGCCCAUUCCGCUGUCAGUGCCACCUUCGUGUUGUCCAAUGCUCUGAUAUUGGUCUGGAUCAAGUGCCGAAGAACAUACCUCCUGAUACUACUUUACUUGAUUUACAGAACAACAAAAUUACAGAAAUUAAAGACGAUGAUUUUAAAAACCUCAAACAGCUUCAUGCAUUAAUUCUUGUUAACAAUAAAAUAAAGUCAAUCAGUCCUGGUGCUUUUGCUUCUCUGACAAAAUUGGAACGACUGUACUUAUCAAAAAACAGCCUAAAAGAGCUUCCAACCAAUAUGCCAAAGUCACUUCAGGAACUACGUGUGCAUGAGAACUCGGUAACCAAAGUAAAGAAGACUGUGUUUGAUGGGUUAAAUAACAUGAUUGUCAUUGAACUAGGUACAAAUCCAAUAGAUAGUUCUGGGAUUGAAAAAGGUGCUUUUCAAGGCAUGAAGAAACUAUCCUACCUCCGAAUUGCAGACACUAAUAUAACCAGCGUUCCUAAAGGUCUGCCAACUUCUCUAACUGAACUACAUCUUGAUGGUAACAAAAUUGCAAAAGUUGAUGCUGACAGUUUCAAUGGACUUAACAACCUUGCAAAAUUGGGGUUGGGCUACAACAAUAUCAUUACCGUGGAAAAUGGGUCCAUUUCAAAUGUACCUCAUUUACGGGAGCUACAUUUAGAUCACAACAGUCUGACACAGGUGCCUGGUGGACUCAAUGAGCACAAAUACAUCCAGGUAGUGUACCUCCACAACAACAAAAUUGCUGCUGUCUCAACAAGUGAUUUCUGCCCCACUGGAUACAACACAAAGAAGGCUUCAUAUACAGGCAUUAGCCUCUUCAGCAAUCCUGUCCAGUACUGGGAAAUCCAGCCAGCCACAUUCCGAUGUGUUUAUGAACGUUCUGCUAUUCAAAUUGGAAACUACAAGUAA